AUGCCAUGGAAGAAGAAUUUGUUGGAACGCGACGUUGAACCGACCUGCUCUUGUACUGAUCCAAUCGCCGCUGAGUGGGCAACAAACAAAUCCUUUGCAGAUGCUGCGACUUCUGCUGCGACCCCGGCCGGUUAUUAUCAAGCAUUCAACAAUGGACAAGCGUGGAUUUCAGGAGAUGGGUUUAUUGGACACACGACAAUUGAUGAGUACGACAGCAGUAUCUGUGCAGCGAUUUGCGAUGGCAUUGAUGAAUGUUCCUCAUUCGAGAUCUACUUUGAGAAGGAAAUUGGUGGUCCAGCUCCAGCAAUCAAGUGUUCGUUCUGGGCUGGAGCAAUUGCUGCUAGUGGGUCAAGCAGCACAAAUGCCGUGAUCGCCGGUUGUAACGGCUACACUAACAGCACUCUCACAACUCCCAAAGGGUUUGAUGUUCCGGUGUUCAUGGCGGGCGCGGCAAUUCAUCCACCACCAACUCCUGGAGCAUUCCUUGGCUCGAAGAUCUUUAAUGGACCAUUCGACACGUCGAAUUGCGCGGAAGCGUGCAGCUCAAUCGGCUGCAAAUUCUUCAACACCUACAUUGUCUCUAAGAAUGGUGUGAGCCAGGGCCAAUAUUGCGACAUGUACGCUCAGCCAUUCGGACCAGAAUGGGCAACAGAGACCGGAAGAUCGGAUGGGAAGACAAAUUUUACCAUCUCUCAUAGCUUUGCCUGCGGUGCGACUGAAGAAAAACGUGGUGAGAGUCUGUCUAGCGGCGAACCCGGCGCUCCACCGGCCACAACACCUGUCAGCGGCAAUGGCCGGAGGGGGUCCUGGGAAGAGCAGCAUCCUUGGCACGGAAGUAGCCCUUAUGCGGGCAACAGUGCCAGCAGUGCCAGCCAAAGUGGACUGUCAAGUUCCUCGACUGGGAAGCACGGAGGUCAGACGUCUCAAACAGGAAGCGACCCGAAUAGCUUCGGGACUCCAGCUUCUUCUACUUCGAAAGCCCCGCGAAAUCCUGGCUCCUCCGAAUGGGGUGAUUGGGAUAACUGGAGUACUACUACUUUCUCGACCCCAGGUGCAACCUCCUUGCCAGUAGAUGCAACCUCUCGAGGAACGAGUAGCAGCUCGACGUCUGUUGAUAGUGUUGACCCUGCCAGAACUUCGACUCCCGCGACGACCAAGUCAGGUAGUACCUCUCAUUUUCUCCCGCCCAGGUCAACUGCUGCCUCUCAUUCAGUACGAGGGGGUGUGAGCGGAUCUCAGUCCCACGCACAAGAUUCCAUUUGGCUCGAUUGGACAUCUUCUAAAUCGUCCAUCGUUUCCCCAACGACUUCGACCUUCACUACCAAUUCAGUUGCUGCUGUAAGCACCAAGUCAACCACGAAGACGAGUUCUGCUCCUGGUAGCCGGCCAGACCAGCCGGGUCAGCCAACCCGAUCUUCAGUCGGCCGUCCACAGACAACGCCAAAUAGAGCGAAUGGCGGCUCUAGUGGUUGGGCAGAUUGGGGAGUGUCAAUAGGCCAAAAUUCUUCGGACGCCAUCACUACGACAUCAGCGGCCCCAUCGAAGCCGGUCGAAGCUACAACGAGUAGAUCUACAUCUGCCCAUACCUCUGGGCCUAGUAGACAACCUAUCACUCGGCCGACACGCCCCGGGGGAAGGCCGCAGCCAUCGCAUACUCUGUCUCAGCCUACGUCUAGCGCUUUGCCAGUGGAUGCUCUUCCAACAACCUCCUCUGGAUCCACGACAACUUCGAGUGCGAGGGAGUCGAGGUCUUCCGGCUUCCCUUGGCCGUCACACAGUGGAACGGAGGCAGUUUGGCUUGAUUGGUCAUCGUCAUUGACUUCAAGUUCUCUCGUGGUUGAUGGAACCACAACCACUGUUCUCUCGACAAUUACAACAACAACAACAACGAAGGAUUCGAGGCCACGUGCCUCUGCCUGGCCUUCGCACAGUGGCACAGAGAACAUAUGGCUAGACUGGACCACAUCGUCUACCUUGAGCUCCCUCUCCGUCGAUGCGCUCACUACAACAUCUUCUCCAUUAACUACGUCCACAACGAAAGGCUCGAGACCGACUGGCUCUGCCUGGCCUUCUCGUAACGGAACAGAGCAGAUCUGGCUGGAUUGGACCUCUACAUCUUCAACUUUGAGCUCCCUGCCCGUUGAUGCAGCCACAACAACCUCAAGCCUUCCGACAACUGCUUCCACAUCCACAGCUUUCUCGAGGCCGAGCGGCUCUUCCUGGCCUUCAGAGAAUGAAACAGAACAUAUCUGGCUUGACUGGACCACUUCUUCAUCCACUUCCAGCUCCCUCUUCGUGGCUGCCGCCACAACAACCUCGACCCUCUCGACGUCCCCUUCUCCAACAUUCUCGAAGCCAAGCAGCUCUGCCUGGCCUUCAGAGAAUGGAACAGAGCGAGCGUGGCUGGACUGGCUUACUGCUUCGUCUACUUCCAGCACUUCCAGCUCUUUGUUUGUUGCCGCGGUUACAACUAGCUCAACUAUCUCCACAACCUCUUCAAAUGGGUUUAGGCCUACCGGCUCUACCUGGCCCUGGCCUUCAGAGAAUGGUAGCGCAUGGGAGGAUUGGAGUCGGACGACUUCGCACACGUCAACCGUCCUUUCUGUCGCCGAUGCUACAUCUUCAACCCUUCCUACAACCACAUCCACGACAAGCUCUAAGGCCGCUUACUCUGGGUGGCCGUCUGAAAAUGGGAGUGUAUGGGAAGACUGGGGUAGGACAACUUCAUCUAAAUCAACUAUUCUCUCUGUUGCCGACACUGCCACUUCGCCCCUCCCCACCACCACGUCUAAGACAAGUUCAAGGGCUAUUUACUCCGCUUGGCCAUCUGAGAAUGGUAGUGCUUGGGAAGAUUGGACUAAGACAAUUUCAUCGACGUCAAGUGCUCUCUCUGUUGCUGAUCUUACUACAAGUUCGGUCAUCAGCACAAGUACGGCAGCUACAACAAGUUCUAGAGCGGGUUAUUCUGCUUGGCCGUCUGAGAAUGGCAGUUCGUGGGAGGAUUGGAGUAGAACAAUUUCGGCUUCCUCCACCUCUAGCGUCGCCUUCGUUGAUGCUGAAACCACAAGCUCUCCGCUUCCUACUACUUCGACUCAGAGUACUAGAUCCUUUGGCUCCAGCUGGCCAUCGCACAGUGGCAAUGGCUCUUGGGAAGAUUGGGCCGCAACUUCUACUUCUUCACGUCUGAGUGCUGAUGCUCUGACUACUUCUACUUCCAGCCUCGCUACCACCACAUCGACGAUAAGCUCAAGAUCCAGCUACACCUCGGCUCCGUCUUACAAUGGGACAUACAGUGGGAACGGAACAUGGGAAGACUGGGCUAACUGGCUGAAUCUGACUUCUGGGACUUCAACAUCUACGAAGCUGCCUGCUGAUGCUUUGACUACGACCUCUAGUGUCGCGACGACCACCUCGACAACUUCAAAAUUUGCCAUUCCAACAUGGCUCUACAGUGGAACGUAUCCGGGCAACUUCAGUUGGGAGGACUGGGAGACAACGGCAUCUACGUCGUCGAAAUUAGUUGACGCUUUGACGACUACAUCUAGCUUAGCGAGCACAACUUCCACGAGGGCUUACUCGGGCUAUCCUUCUCAUAGUGGGUCAAUGAACGGCACCUGGGAGGAUUGGGAAGCGACCUCCACGACCUCUGUCAAGUCGACUACUUCGUCGUUACUGCCGGUUGAUGCCAUGACUAGAACCACUUCCACGACGAUAAGCUCUGUAGCGACAACCAGCUCUGCUCGCUCAUAUCCAGGCUAUCCUUCUUACACCGGAACUGUUACCUGGGAAGAUUGGAGUCCAACAUCGACAUCCGUAAAGUCGACGAGCUCUUCCCUUCUGCCGGUUGAUGCCUUGAUGACGACGAGUUCUGCAUCUUCGACAACCUCCGUUUUCGCAUACCCAGGUUAUCCUUCUUACAAUGGAUCCAUGAAUGGCACUUGGGAAGAUUGGAAUCUAACGACAAAGGCCGCAUCUUCGGUGUCAUCUACAACCGCAACUACAACAAGUUCCGUGUUUGGAUACCCGGGCUACCCGUCAUAUAAUGACUCGAACUCUGUCUGGCUAGAUUGGAACCUGACGUUUGUCUCUACAACACAGAGCACUUCUGUUUUGCCGGUUGAUGAUUUAACUACAAGCCCAACCACGUCUUUGAGUACAACCACAACAAGCUCUAGCUUUUCAUAUCCUACGGCAGGCAACUGGACGGGUUACAACGAGAGCGCGUGGCUGGAUUGGAAUCUAACAACAACCAGAACAAGCACGUUGUAUGUUGACGGUCGAACCACGUCCACAAUUUCCACCAGCACUAUAAGCCUGGUCCCGACAACUACCUCAGCCAGAGCGUAUCCAACGGUUUCGUAUAAUGGCACAGGAAACUGGACAGAGUCAGAAUGGCUGGAUUGGAACUUGACGUCAACCUCGUUCGCCUAUCCUCGCACGACGACUUCUUCUCCCGCAGUUACCACGACUACAACGACCUCGGAACACCCAAUUGAUACGGCUACAGGGUCAACCUCGACCUCAGCUUUUCCCACCAUCCCUUCACACAAUAUAACGGGUAAUUGGUCGAGCUACAAUGACUCGAACUCUGUCUGGUUGGAUUGGACAACUACAAGCCUCGGGACUGUAUCCACAACCUCUAGCUCGCAAGUUGGCUAUCCAACAAUCCCGGCCUAUAACGAAACUGGUAAUUGGUCAGACUGGCUGUCGAAUAUCACCUACAGCUCGGCCUCAGCAUUUAUCGAUCCGCGGACAACCACCUCUUCCUUGAGCACAUCCUCUGUUCUCUCUGUCGCUGCUACUGCUCUGACGCCCACUUCUACUUCAACUUCCACGACCGCCACGGCAAUAGGACAUCCGACUGUCCCGGCUUAUAACGGUUCAUACCCUUCGACUAAUUGGACAGAUUGGAACGGUACAAUUCCCUGGAGCAUCACUUCUUCCAGCUUGGCUGCCUCGUCUACGACAACUUCAGUAGGUGGAUAUCCAACUGUUCCUGCGUAUAAUGGUUCAUAUCCUUCUACGAACUGGACAGAUUGGAAUGGUACUAUCCCCUGGAAUGUGACUACUUCAGCGACUACGUCUUCCUUGAGCACGUCCUCGGCCCUCUCCGUUGCCGCUACUGUUCUGACACCGACAACGUCCUCAACCACCUCAUCCACGACCACUUCAAUUGCGGGAUAUCCGACUAUUCCGGCCUAUAAUGGCACAUAUCCUUCGAUGAACUGGACGGACUGGAACGGUACAAUCCCCUGGAAUAUGACUUCUUCCAUAACUUCGUCGGUUUCUCCUACUACUUCGGUAGCAGGUUAUCCGACUACGACGUAUAGUGGAUCAUAUCCCUCAAUAAACUGGACUGAUUGGAACGGCACAAUUCCUUGGGAUAUCACUUCCUCCUUGAGGACAUCUUCUACCUCCUCUGUCCUCUCUGUCGCUGCUGCAGUGACCAGCACGACAUCUUUCGCCUCGACGACAACAACCUUGCAAUCUGGAUAUCCUACACUUCCAGCCUUCAAUGGCUCUUACCCAUCAACGAAUUGGACAGACUGGAACGGCACAAUUCCUUGGAACUUGAGUUAUCCGCUGACUACGUCUUCUGCGCUCUCUAUUGCAGCGACUCAGGUUACUACUUCGUCCACCCCAGCUUCGUCCACGACGACUGCGAGAGACGGAUACCCAACAAAUUGGACUGACUGGAAUGGCACGAUCCCAUGGAACUUUAGUUCUUCGCUGACUACGUCUUCCACAGUCUCUGUUCUGACUGUCGCCCCUACGCAGAUGAGCACUACGUCGAGCACUACAUCUCUGACCCCCUCUUCGUCCACCACACGCUCGGUGGAUGGAUAUCCGACAACCUUACCCUAUAAUGGGUCUUAUCCAUCGACAAAUUGGACAGACUGGAAUAGCACAAUCCCUUGGAAUUUCACUUCGCAGAUCACUACGUCCUCUUCCACGACGAGCUCAGUGGCAGGAUUCCCAACGAUCCCAGCCUACAAUGGAUCGUACGCGGGCACGAACUGGACCGAUUGGAAUGGUACAAUUCCAUGGAACGAGACCGACGGCAGAAGUUUGACCACGUCAUCGACGGCAUCUCUCGUGACUCCCACAACAUCAAUACUUUAUGUGUCACCGACGACUACGAGCCAUACAUCGACGUCCUCUGGAGCCUGGCCGACAAUGACGGCACCCGCUUACAACGAGACGCAGUGGCUUGACUGGCUCAACAGCACGAACAGUACCGGCAACUGGACCCUGCCAACUAAUUCCAGCCGCCCCCUUAACUUGACUGAUCCUUUGCCGACUACUAGUUCUGUGACAAGCACCUCUGCCUGGGCUGUGCCGACAUUGGCAUACAACGGAACCGGAAACUGGACGGACUGGUACAAUUCCACAGGAAGCAAUGAGACAUGGCCAUUCAACUUCUCUGCCACAACAAGCACCUCCCUGAUGUCGACGACACCUAGCCCAGUUGCUGUGACAACCACUUCCACCACAACUUCUGUCUUGUUGACAACGACCUCGUCCUCGGUGUUCCCAACAACGACCUCGGUUUGGGCUUACAAUGACACCGGUAAUUGGACGGACUGGGCCAGCAAUAGCACUGCUCCAUUGAACUACACAAUUCCCCAUUCGAACUCGACGAACUCGACCGCUUGGAGUAGUAACUCAACGUACCCCGCCAGCAAUUCGUCUGAAUGUGGUGCCACUCCCCCUUCGCAACUUCUGGAGAAUCCAUCAUUCGAAUGUUCCGGCACGGGUUGGAAUCUGGAUGAAGUGGACAUUGUCUGGGGAGCUGUCUCGAGCUCAGCUACACCUUCCAAGCGUAUACGUGAUAUCCUGUCCCCUGAGGCAGCAUAUGACGGCAAAGGAUUCGCGCGAUUUGAGCCCACUUUCGAAGGUGCUACUGCUACUUUGUCGCAGACACUGACCACUCCGGCUGCGAAUGGAUCCUACUGGUAUUCAUUUGCCUACAGAGUUCCGGCUUCUGGGGUCACUCCAGAUGGAUGUACGUUGACAGUUUCGAACGAUGAAGGAACUCUAGCAACUCUAGGUUCACUUUCGGCCGCGACUACUUGGACCACGACCGGAAAAGAAUUCCAGAUCACUUCCUCGGCGAGCACAUUCUCUCUGAUCUUUAGCUGUGAUGGUGUCGAGACCGCUUCACCCAUUCUAGAUGUCGACAAUAUCAGGAUGGGCAUGAGCAGCGGAAAUUGGACCUUUGUGAACGGAACUGGUGGCGGAUAUAGCAAUAGCACUGGCCUUCCAACUUCUAGUGGUCAACCUCAAACCAACAUGACAUACGGGCAGCCUCCAGCCAACCUGACUACGCCGGCCUACGGCAACAACUCGACCGAUUAUACGGGAGGAACCGGCGGACCAGAGACUGGAGACACAUCCAGCAAUGGCCCUGUCACCACAUCCCCAAUGUCUUCCCCAGAACCGUCAACAACUUAUGAUCUCCGAGAGUCUGCCCCUACCUCCUCGUCCUCACCAACGAGACCAACGACAUCGUCUCCGACCCCAACGACGACCGACCCAGCCGUAACGCCGGAUUCAAUGGAUCCUACCACGACGCCGGACUCCUUGGAUGCGUCGACCACAUCUCCGGCAGCAGCUGCAGCUUCAGACACGAGCACAUCGUCGACGUCGUCACCACCUCCGUCUGCCACUGUAUUUGCACCGCGAGACAGGGUUAAGAGGCACCGAUAUCAUCGGAACUCGUAA